AAGUGGGGGAUGGGUGGAUUGGAGACGAGGGAGCGGGACGGCGUCCGCAGCGUCCGCUCCGGGCUCGACUGAUGAUGGAGCUGGCUGGAUCGUCGGGGGUCGGUCGGCUCCGCCUCUUCUGUAAAAACAAAGUUAUUCUUGCCUUUAGAAAGUGGAGGCGUCUGGCGAGGGACUGUGCGAGGCCGUGGAGGCGCAGGCUUUAUCAAUCCGCCUGCGCGGUUGCCUCGCGCCAGACGCCUAUGUUUUGGUUGCUCUAAUUGCCCUUGAGAGCGUCUGGAGGAUGACGGUCCGUUGCGUCAUCGGCUUCCGGCCUUAG